CCAGAUCAAGAAACCACCGCCUAGCCACCCAGCUGCAUAACUAGCCAGUUAAUCAAGCACGCACGCACGCACUCACGCGCACUAGCACAGUUCGCAGUGUGUGUGUGUGUUUCAGAGAGUUUGGGGGUGAGAACUGAGAAGAUGGUGCUCGGCGGCGGCAAGCAGUUCGUGCAGGACGAGGAGAAGCAGCAGCUGCUCCUGGAGGAGCACACGGAGAAGCACUUCACCGCCGGUGAGGUGGUCCGGGACGUCAUCAUCGGCGUCUCCGACGGCCUCACCGUGCCCUUCGCGCUCGCCGCGGGGCUGUCCGGCGCCAACGCAUCCUCGGCCCUCGUACUCACCGCCGGCCUCGCCGAGGUCGCCGCCGGCGCCAUCUCCAUGGGGCUCGGAGGGUACCUGGCGGCGAAGAGCGAGGCGGACCACUACCACCGCGAGCUGCAGCGCGAGCAGGACGAGAUCGACACCGUCCCCGACGUCGAGGCCGCCGAGAUCGCGGACAUCCUGUCGCAGUACGGCCUGGCCCCCCAGGAGUACGGCCCUGUCGUCACCUCCCUCCGCAACAACCCCAAGGCCUGGCUCGAGUUCAUGAUGAAGUUCGAGCUGGGGCUGGAGAAGCCGGAGCCGCGCCGCGCGCUCGUCAGCGCGGCGACGAUAGCGCUCUCCUACGUGGCCGGCGGGCUGGUGCCGCUGCUCCCCUACGUGUUCGUGCCCGAGGCCGGGCGCGCCAUGGCCGUGUCCGUGGCCGUCACGCUAGCGGCGCUCCUCUUCUUCGGCUUCGUCAAGGGCCGCUUCACGGGCGACCGGCCCUUCCUCAGCGCCGUGCAGACCACCAUCGUCGGCGCGCUCGCCUCGGCCGCCGCCUACGCCAUGGCCAGGGCCGUGCAGUCCAUAUGAGCGGCCGCCGCCUACGGCCUACGCCAUGGCCUGCGCGUGUCACGCCAGCUUGGCUGCUGGCUAUGUAUGCAGCAAGAAGAAGAAGAAGAAAAUAAGUGCAGCUGUGCGUUCAACGUGUGGUGUAAUAGUGUACUUGUUUCGCAGCGUGUAGUGUUUAAGUGACGUGUUGUCUUGUAAGGAGAUGUGGAUUAUUUAGGUGAAAUGGAAUGCUGGGCUUUGGAUC